AUGGAUUUGGACGUCAGAAGAGAACAACACUUACCGAGGAAAAAAGGCAAACCGAGAAGAGCUCGCAAGCAGUCGACAACCAGCAAAGAACACGAGGCGGGUGACACCAAGGACGCCGAUCGCAGCGAGCAGAGGACCGGGUCGGUUUCCGACGAGCAGACUUCGACGCCGACCGACAAGAAUCAGGGUCCACCGAAAAACAAGGCGGCGUCUUUGAUGCAGCAGCACCGCACUGCCUGGCAGAACGAAUUCCAGAAACUGCGGGACGCCGAAGAAAAGCUCAAGAACGACAUCGUCGACAAGCUUAGGUAUAUAUCUUCAAGAGGAACUUCUUCCGAUGACGAAGCAGGCCAGUGUCUCGAAGAUUGGAUUGAUUUCGAGCUUGAAAGAACGAAAUUUGAAGACAAUUCAUCUUCAAGAAUAGGACUAUUCAGGCGCAUCCUGUCCCAGCGGCUAGGGGACGACGAAGAGAGCCCCAGCGAAGAGGAACUCAUCAGAGACCUUAUCACCGUGCAGCAGGAAUGCCGGCAGUUGACCGCUAACCUGAAGGCCGAGUACCUGGAAGCGGAUGCCGCCGUAAACACGGCCUUCGGUGAAUCCGCCCUGGUCAACGUCAAGUUCAGCUUCUCGCACAACGUGGACUCGGACUUUCAGAGCAGCUUUCGCGGCGAAGACCGUCUGCGGAGGAGCCUCUUGGCCGAACUCAAGCAGAUCGACCACAAGUUUGAGACUAAGAUCAAGGACAUUGACAAGGCCCACAAACUCGAGGAGGAGCCGGCCGACUGGACCGAGGAAGACUACGCCGUGGUGCAGCACGUCCUGGAACAGUACCCGAGCCAGCUGGCAAACCGAAGGGCUCUCAUCAUGGACUGGCUGCGAAGGCACUACAAGAAGCGCUCCAUACUCGACAUCUCGGCCUACAUGACGUGGUGCCAGAACCAGCGCUUCCACCGGGAAAAGGUGCAGUCCUGCCUCCAGGAGUGGGAGCGGGCGCGUGUCCAGUGGCUGGCGCGGGCCAAGCAGGCCUCCAAGGGGACCUCGCCGCUCCAGAGGAAUCCGGCCAAGCUGAGGGUCCCGCCGCCCAUCAGGUUAAAACCCAAAAAGGUGCAUCCCAGUCGAAUCGAGCCUGAGCCGCCGGAUGAAGCGACGCCGCGACGGGAACCAGAAUCAAGCGGCCGCGGGCCCCAACACACCGAGAUCCCCAAGAAGACGCGGAUCGUGCUGCCGGCCAUCGUCCGCGCGCGCAAGGACGUCGGCCGGCCGCCCAAGAGCCAGCACAUCGAGCAGGCGGAGAGGAAGAUCCGCGAGCAGAACCACGAAUGGCGCAUGCGGUCCCUCUCCACCGUCUGCGAGCUCGAAGGCCUGCGGAUGCAGGCCAACGAGCCUCAGCGCCACGACGACCCCGAGGAACAGGCGGAACAGGUGGCCAAACUGCGCCGAAGACUCGACAUGGAAAGGGUAAAAUUCCGACAGGAGCUAGCCAUCAAGAAGCAGUGGGACCGAAUGAGGGCAGAGCAGAAGAAACAAGAGGAGUCCAAAAACCAGAGGCUAAAAUUGCAGGCAAGUUGCAGUUGCAUAGCAAAAGUUGACAUUUCCCUUAUCUUCAAUGUCAGUCCUUGUAGUUACAACCCAUGGAAACAAUGA